AUGGUUAAUGCUUUUAUCUUCACAAUUCCUAGCUCACUGACAAGGCUUACAGCUCUGCAGAAUUUGGAGGUGAGGGGCUGCCAGUGGCUCUCCCAGGUGCCCUCUCGGAUGGAUAUGCUGGUGGGGCUAAAGACACUGGUGCUGGCGAAGUGUAAGGAGCUGAGGAGCCCCCCUGAUGCACUGCCGCCCUCCCUUGAGACCCUCUGCUUGGGACCGUUCGUGGAAGGUUGCGACCAUGUGGUGGACAUCUCCGGGCUGUGGCAGCUGAGGGUGCUGAAGCUGAACCGUGUUGGGGUGCGACGCGAGCCUGCAGUGAGCAGCAGGUUGCCAUGCCGGGAGCAGGCGGAGCAGGGGGAGCAGGGGGAGCAGGGGGAGCAGGGAGAGCAGGGGGAGCAGGCGGAGCAGGGGGAGCAGGCGGAGCAGGGGGAGCAGGGGGAGCAGGGGGAGCAGGCGGAGCAGGGGGAGCGGGCGGAGCAGGGGGGAGCAGGGGGAGCAGAGGGAGCAGGGGGAGCGGGCGGAGCAGGGGGAGCAGGCGGAGCAGGGGGUGCAGGCGGAGCAAGGGGAGCAGCAUUGUGA